UUCAAGUAUGUCAGUAAGUAUAGUAUGUACUAAACAUGCAAACUUAAGCCAGGCUAUAUCAGAAAAUUCCUACUUUUAAUGAAUUUAACACUUGCUGUGUGUUUAGGGUAUUCAUGGCAGCGCCUCCCUACAGCUGCUACAUUAUUGGCUGAGUCUCAGAUUUACAUAAUGUUCGCGAACUCGUCACGUCGCCAGAUAAGGCAUGCGGUAGUCCCCCUGUGUCCUGCUGUGUCUGGGUUUUACAGUCGGAAAACAACCGGCUGAACUGAUGCCAAAGCAGCUAUGGAGGUGACAAAGACCGACAGCAAGCACAAUCCGCUGGCAACAGCCAGGAUUCUCUCCCGGAUGUUUUUAUGCUGGUUAACCCCAUUGCUGCACCUCGGCCCAAAAAGGAGGCUCGAGGAAAGUGACAUGUACAGCGUUCUUCCAGAGGAUCGGUCUGAAACCCUGGGAAAGGAGCUGCAGAGAUUGUGGGACCAUGAAGUUAAAAAGGCAGCAAAGGAACUUGAGAAGCCAAAACUCACCAGAGUUCUUAUUAAGUGCUAUGGGAAGUCCUAUGCGUUGGCUGGGCUGUUUGUGUUUUCACAGGAAGCAAUAAAAGUGAUCCAGCCACUUCUUCUGGGGAAAAUAAUCCUGUACUUUGAGAAUAAUCAUCCAGACGAUCAUAGAAGUCUUUACAUGGCGUAUGGUUAUGCUGCUGCCAUGUCCAUCUCCACGUUUGCUCUCACUAUUCUCCAACAUCUCUACUAUUAUCAUGUCCAAAGAACAGGCAUGAAGAUCAGAGUGGCCAUGUGCCACAUGAUUUACAGAAAGGCUCUUGGUCUCAACUGUGAAUCCAUGGCACGAACAACGACUGGACAAAUAGUGAACCUCCUUUCAAAUGAUGUCAAUCGUUUUGAUGAGGUUACAGCCAAUCUGCACUACCUGUGGGUGGGACCUAUACAAGCAGUAGUCAUCAUCGUUCUCCUUUGGGACGAGAUCGGCCCCUCAUGUCUAGCAGGUGUGGCAGUCAUUGCACUCAUGAUGCCUCUACAGACUUGGUUUGGAAAACUGUUUGGUAUCUUCAGGACCAAAACAGCGGUUCUGACUGACAGUAGAAUCCGUAUCAUGAACGAAGUGGUGUCUGGCAUCAGGAUAAUCAAGAUGUAUGCCUGGGAGAAACCCUUCUCAGCUCUGGUUGCUGAAGUGAGACGGAAAGAAAUCAAUCAGAUACUGAAGAGCUCCUACCUACGAGGACUCAACAUGGCCUCCUUCUUUGCCAGCAGCAAGAUCAUUGUCUUUGUCACCUUUACCGCCUACGCUCUCCUGGGAAACCCCAUCACUGCCAGCAGCGUGUUUGUCACUGUGUCUCUUUAUGGUACAAUUAAGCUCACAGUCACUCUGUUCUUUCCUCUGGCCAUUGAGAAGUUGUCAGAAACAGUUGUGAGCAUUCACAGGAUUAAGAAUUUCCUCCUGCUGGAAGAAGUGAAGAGAGAAAACUGUGAGCUGCCACUGAGGGAAAAGAGGGAAAGCUCUGUUGUGAUUGAAAAUCUGACCUGCUACUGGGAUCAGAUUUUGGAUGAACCAUCUCUGCAGAAUGUCUCUGUCACAGCAAAGUCCCACCAACUUCUGGCUGUAAUUGGACCAGUCGGGUCUGGAAAGUCAUCCCUGCUGAGCGCCAUCCUGGGAGAGCUGCCUCAUGACACUGGGACACUGAAGGUUGAAGGUAGCCUGAGCUACGCAUCCCAGCAGCCCUGGGUGUUCUCUGGAACCAUCCGCAGCAACAUCCUGUUUGGGAGAGAACUGAACCUCAAGAAGUAUGAGAGAGUCCUCAGAGCCUGCGCUCUGAAGAAGGACCUGGAGCUGCUCCCAGAUGGAGAUCUGACGCUGAUUGGGGACAGAGGGGCCACACUCAGCGGGGGACAGAAAGCUCGUAUCAACCUGGCACGGGCUGUGUAUGAGGAGGCAGACAUCUACCUCCUGGAUGAUCCUUUAAGUGCCGUGGAUGCAGAAGUUGGAAAACAUAUUUUCGAACAGUGUAUCUGUGGCCUGCUGAAGAACAAGUGUUGUGUCCUGGUCACGCACCAGCUACAGCAUCUGACGGCAGCUGACCACAUUUUGGUCCUUAAGGAGGGUCGUAUCAUGGGCCAGGGAACCUACGGUGAGCUGCAGCGUUCUGGCCUGGACAUGGUGUCCUUGCUGAGAACUGAGGAGGAACAAGACCGAACUCGAUCAGCUGAUCCAGAAAAACUGUCUUUACUCAGCCGGAGAACAAAUCUCUCACACAGUUCACAGUGUUCUUACAGCAGUCUCCUGCCACCAGACGGCAGCAACCCUGAGCAGCCUCCUGUUCAAACAGUUGUGGCCUCUGCAGAAGAAAGUCGAGCUGAAGGAAAUGUCAGCAGUCAUAUUUAUCUUAAAUACUUCACUGCAAGCUGCAGCCUUCUGGUUUUAGUGGUUAUUCUUCUGCUCAGUAUCAUCGCAGAGGCUGCCUAUAUCCUGCAGGACUGGUGGUUGGUGUACUGGGCAAGAGAAGAAUAUUCUAACAGCACAGCAACUGCGGUUGACAUGAAGAAUGGAAUUAAUGUUACUCACUCAGAUCACGAGUUGAAUCUCACAUUUCAUCUUGGCAUCUACUCAGGUUUGACAGUGGCUGCGGUGGUCUUCGGUUAUGCCAGGAGUUUAAUAAUAUUUAAUCGGCUGGUAAGAUCAGGUCAAGUUCUACACAACAGCAUGUUCAGCGCUGUCCUCUGCACAGCAGUUCACUUCUUUGAUGUCAACCCUGUAGGAAGAAUUCUCAACAGGUUCUCCAAAGACAUCAGCCAAGUGGACUCCUUGCUGCCCAUCACAUUUGUGGACUUUUAUCAAUUAAUUCUACAGAAUGCUGGCGUGGUCGCUGUGGCAACCGCAGUCAUCCCUCUUGUCCUCAUCCCUGUUGUCGUUCUGCUUAUAAUCUUUCUGUAUUUGAGACGCUUCUACCUCAGUACAUCGCGUGAUAUCAAACGUCUUGAGUCAACAACCCGGAGUCCCGUCUUCUCCCACCUGUCUUCGUCUCUUCAGGGUCUGUGGACGAUCCGAGCUUUCAGGGCUGAGGAGAGAUUAAAGAAAACCUUCGAUGCCCAUCAGGACCUGCACUCAGAGGCGUGGUUUUUGUUCCUGAUGACAUCGCGCUGGUUUGCUCUUCGCCUCGACAGCAUUUGCUCCAUAUUUGUCACUUUCACAUCAUUUGGAUGCAUUUUGCUCAGAAAUGGGCUGGAGGCUGGAGAGGUGGGCCUUGUGCUGACUUAUGCUUUGACUCUGGUGGGAAACUUCCAGUGGACAGUGAGACAAAGUGCUGAGGUGGAGAACAUGAUGACAUCUGUGGAGAGGGUGGUGGAGUACACGGAGCUAAAAAGCGAAGCACCCUGGGAAACGCAGAAGCGUCCUCCCCCUGACUGGCCAAGCAAAGGUCUGGUGACUUUUGAGCAGGUCAGCCUCUCCUACAGCACAGACGGCCCCAUCAUCCUGAAAGACAUCAGCGCCACCUUUGAACCCAACGAGAAGGUCGGUAUUGUGGGCAGAACAGGUGCAGGGAAAAGCUCCCUGAUCUCGGCUCUGUUCCGCCUGACAGAACCUCAGGGAAAGAUCUCCAUCGACGGCGUUGUGACCUCUGAGAUCGGCCUCCACGACCUGCGCAAGAGGAUGUCCAUCAUUCCUCAGGACCCAGUGCUAUUUACUGACACUGUGAGGAAAAACCUGGACCCUUUCAACCAGCACACCGAUGAAGACCUGUGGAAAGCUCUGGAAGAGGUGCAGCUGAAGUCUGUGGUGGAGGAGCUGCCCGGUAAGCUGGAGACGGUUCUGGCCGAGUCGGGCUCCAACUUCAGCGUGGGCCAGAGACAGCUGGUGUGUUUGGCCAGAGCCAUCCUGAGGAAGAACCGCAUCCUCAUCAUCGACGAGGCCACGGCCAACGUGGACCCCAGGACAGACGAGCUGAUUCAGAAAGCCAUCCGGGACAAGUUCAGAGAAUGCACCGUGCUCACCAUCGCUCACCGCCUCAACACCAUCAUAGACAGCGACCGCAUUCUGGUGCUGGACGGUGGCACCAUCCAGGAGUUAGACCGACCUUUCACCCUGCUGCAAAACAAAGAGGGCGCUCUGUACAAGAUGGUGCAGCAGCUGGGUCAGACGGAGGCAGCAGCCCUGCUGGAGGCGGCCAGACAGGCAGCAGAGAAAACAGCGGUCCCGACAACUUGAGGCCAGUGGAGCAUGAUUGUGACAGACUGGACACCAGAUGAAGGUAGUGACUGAGGAGCCUGAGGCCUUCCAUCACAUUCAGAAACAGGAAUGUGUUGAGUGACAACAGAACGUUCUUGAGCCACCCACUAAAAAGCCCUUUUCAGACAUGGGGUAUGCAACAUUGCUGCUCCAUCAGUCUGUUUAACUAACAGUAUUUUGUUUUAUUUAACUCAGAUUCAUUUUUCUGUCAAUAUUCCUCACAACUUCAUUUAGAUGCUGCAGAAUCACGCAAUAUUUGUCAUUUAUGUGAGAUCAGACACCACACCAAGUGAUGUACAAUACUCAGUAUGCAAUAAUAGACAGAAGGCUAAUCUAAACUAGUAGCAGCUCAUCAAACUGUCUAAGCAACUCACAACCUUGUUUAAAGUGUGAUAAAACGGUGAGACUACAACCUCAGGAAUCCACUGAGGAUGG